GUUUGGUUUUGGAGAGAUAGUGAUUGAAAAACCAAACCAGAGAGAACUGACAAUUCGAAGCAACAAUGCACGCAAAGACAGAUUCAGAGGUGACAAGCCUCGCGGCGUCGUCCCCGGACCACACCAGACGUCCAGUGUACUACGUGCAGAGCCCAUCGCGUGACUCGCACGAUGGAGAGAAGACCACCACUUCGUUUCACUCCACGCCGGUGAUCAGCCCAAUGGGUUCGCCGCCGCACUCUCACUCCUCCGUGGGCCGUCACUCCCGCGAGUCUUCCUCUAGCCGGUUUUCUGGGUCCCUCAAACCCGGAUCUCGCAAAAUCUCCCCAAACGACGGAGGAUCUGGUGGAAGACACCACCGCAAAGGCCAAAAGAAUUGGAAGGAAUGCGAUGUGAUUGAAGAAGAAGGACUUCUUGAAGAUGAAGAGUCCCACAAAACCCUCCCUCGUCGUUGCUAUUUUCUUGCAUUUGUUUUGGGUUUCUUUGUUCUCUUCUCUCUAUUCUCUUUGAUCUUGUGGGGUGCUAGUAAACCCCACAAGCCCAAGAUCACCAUGAGGAAUAUCACAUUUGAGAGGUUUGUGAUUCAAGCUGGUUCGGACAAUUCUGGUGUGGCCACUGAUAUGAUCUCCAUCAACUCCACCGUCAAGCUCACUUUCAGAAAUACAGCCACAUUUUUUGGCGUCCAUGUGUCAUCAACACCUCUAGAUCUCUCAUACUCUGACCUCACAAUUGCCUCUGGAACAUUGAAGAAGUUCUAUCAAUCAAGGAAGAGUCAGAGAUUGGUUGCUAUGUCAGUGAUUGGGAAUAAGAUUCCUUUAUAUGGAGGUGGGUCGAGUUUGAGCACUUCAACUGGGACUACUACUAAGCCAGUGCCUCUGAAGAUGAACUUCGUGGUUCGAUCGAGAGCUUAUGUUUUGGGUAAAGUGGUGAAGCCUAAAUUCUACAAGAAAAUUGAGUGUUCUGUAACUUUUGAUCCGAAAAAACUGAACGUCCCCAUCUCUCUAAAGAAUGCGUGUACAUAUGAUUAAUGACAGAGUGGGAUUUGUUGCUUGUAGUCAAUCAAAGUAUCAAAGAGACAAAGAAAGAGAGAAACGGUGAUGGAGAAAUAAAGAGAAAACAGCUAAGCAGGCUUUUGAGUUGGCUGGGAAUGGGCUGGGGUUGGAAGACGCGGUUCUGGAACUUUUUUUGGUUUACCCCAUUGCCUGGAGUGUAUGGAGAACAGGUUGGAUUGGGCGGUGCGGGUCAUAAUCCAGUUUCUCAUUUAUUAUUUUUUUUUUUGGCAGGGAUAAAUUAUUAUUAUUAUUAUUCAAAGAAUGUGACUUAUAUAGUAUAUUUCUUUGUUGAAUUUGCGUAGCUGUAUGUAAUAAUUUAUAUUUAACAGGCAUUGUGAUUUAAUUUCUUGGGUAAUAAUUUACAUAGUCUCUG